AUGUGGAGACUGAGAAUUGGUGCUAAGGCCAAAGAUAAUACUCACUUGUUCACCACCAAUAACUAUGUUGGUAGGCAGAUUUGGGAGUUUGAUGCCAACGCUGGCUCUCCGGAGGAACUUGCCGAGGUCGAGGAGGCUCGUCGGAAUUUCUCCAACAACAGGUCACGGUUCAAGGCUAGUGCCGAUCUCCUAUGGAGGAUGCAGUUUCUUAGGGAGAAGAAGUUUGAGCAGAAGAUUCCGCGAGUGAUAGUGGAGGAUGCAGAAAAAAUAACGUAUGAAGAUGCAAAGACUGCAUUAAGAAGAGGAUUACUAUAUUUCACGGCAUUGCAAGCUGAUGAUGGACAUUGGCCUGCUGAAAACGCUGGUUCCAUAUUCUUCAAUGCCCCUUUUGUGAUAUGUCUGUACAUCACUGGACAUCUUGAGAAAAUCUUCACUCACGAGCAUCGUGUAGAGUUACUUCGGUACAUGUACAACCAUCAGAACGAAGAUGGUGGGUGGGGAUUGCACGUAGAAAGCCCCAGUAAUAUGUUCUGCUCAGUCAUAAACUACAUAUGUUUACGGAUCUUGGGAGUAGAAGCUGGUCAUGAUGAUAAAGGAAGUGCUUGUGCAAGGGCUCGUAAAUGGAUCCUCGACCAUGGUGGUGCUACAUACUCCCCCUUGAUCGGAAAAGCUUGGCUUUCGGUUCUUGGGGUUUAUGAUUGGUCUGGCUGCAAACCUAUACCCCCUGAGUUCUGGUUCCUUCCUUCAUUUUUCCCUGUUAAUGGAGGGACUCUCUGGAUUUAUUUAAGGGAUAUUUUCAUGGGGCUGUCAUACUUGUAUGGUAAAAACUUUGUCGCUACCUCAACACCUCUCAUUCUCCAGCUCCGAGAAGAAAUUUAUCCGGAGCCUUACACAAAUAUCAGUUGGAGGCAAGCACGAAACCGAUGUGCAAAGGAAGAUCUCUAUUAUCCACAGUCAUUUUUACAAGAUUUGUUUUGGAAAGGUGUUCAUGUAUUCUCAGAGAAUAUCCUAAAUCGAUGGCCUUUCAACAAUCUCAUAAGACAAAGAGCUCUUCGAACCACUAUGGAACUUGUUCACUAUCAUGAUGAAGCAACCAGAUAUAUUACAGGCGGAUCUGUACCAAAGGUAAUUGCUGUUUUUCAUAUGCUUGCAUGUUGGGUAGAAGACCCAGAGAGUGAUUAUUUUAAGAAACAUCUUGCUCGAGUCCCUGAUUUCAUAUGGAUUGGCGAGGAUGGACUGAAAAUUCAAUCUUUUGGUAGCCAAGUGUGGGAUACAGCCUUGUCUUUACAUGUCUUUAUAGACGGUUUCGAUGAUGAUGUUGAUGAAGAGAUUAGGUCAACGCUCCUUAAAGGAUAUGAUUACUUGGAAAAAUCUCAAGUUACAGAGAACCCUCCUGGCGAUUACAUGAAAAUGUUUCGUCACAUGGCGAAAGGUGGAUGGACGUUUUCGGACCAAGACCAAGGAUGGCCAGUUUCAGAUUGUACUGCUGAGAGUUUAGAGUGCUGUCUGUUCUUUGAGAGCAUGUCGUCAGAGUUUAUUGGCAAGAAAAUGGAUGUGGAGAAACUCUAUGAUGCAGUUGAUUUCCUUCUCUAUCUGCAGAGUGAUAAUGGAGGUAUAACAGCAUGGCAACCAGCGGACGGAAAACUUGUGGAGUUUAUUGAAGACGCGGUUGUUGAGCAUGAGUAUGUAGAAUGUACUGGAUCUGCAAUUGUAGCGUUGGCUCAAUUCAAUAAACAAUUUCCGGGGUAUAAAAAGGAAGAGGUUGAACGGUUUAUAACAAAAGGCGUAAAGUACAUUGAGGACUUGCAAAUGGUGGAUGGUUCAUGGUACGGAAAUUGGGGAGUGUGCUUCAUCUAUGGUACCUUCUUUGCUGUAAGAGGUCUUGUGGCUGCUGGGAAGUGUUACAAUAACUGUGAGGCAAUUCGUAGAGCAGUUCGUUUCAUUCUCGACACUCAAAACACGGAGGGUGGCUGGGGAGAGAGCUAUCUAUCUUGUCCAAGAAAGAAAUAUAUUCCGUUGAUAGGAAACAAGACAAAUGUGGUGAAUACAGGACAAGCACUUAUGGUUCUAAUUAUGGGAAAUCAAAUGAAGAGAGAUCCUUUGCCGGUUCAUCGUGCUGCCAAAGUGUUGAUCAAUUCACAAAUGGAUAACGGCGAUUUCCCACAACAGGAAAUAAUGGGAGUGUUCAAGAUGAAUGUGAUGCUCCAUUUUCCAACCUACAGAAACAUGUUCACUCUUUGGGCUCUUACACAUUACACGAAGGCUCUGCGAGGGCUCUGAAACUCCACAACCCAAGAAUAAAAAUGUGCCUUUUAUUAUACUUUGAAAUAUUCGGA